GCCGUUUAGCAAAUAGCGCCGCCCCUUCCAGAAACUAACCAAACUCUCCAUUUCUUUUGCCCAACUCUUUUCUACCACACAGCACCCACUCACUCCGAUUUUGAAUUAAGUUUAGGACUAGGGUUUUGUUCAAUCGAACUCCUGUGCAGCUCGCCUACUCGAAUAUCGUGUUGCUGGGGUGCUCUAUGCUGAUAAUUUCAGAAAUUAGGGUUCUUUUUUGUCAUAUUUUAUUGUUUGACUAUCCAAUGCUUUGGCGUAGUUAGUUUAUGUAGCAUUCAUAUGGCUCCGAGCCGGAGAAGAGGUGCGGCUAAAGCGGCGGCAGCGGCCGCCCAGCGGAAGUGGGAGGUCGGCGAUCUCGUGCUCGCCAAAGUCAAGGGGUUUCCGGCCUGGCCUGCAACUGUGAGCGAGCCACAAAAAUGGGGGUACCCUUCUGAUCUGAAGAAAGUACUUGUUCACUUUUUUGGGACUCAACAAAUUGCUUUCUGUAAUCAUGCUGAUAUUGAAGAGUUCACAGAAGAGAAGAAAGUAUCUCUGUCAGGUAAACGCCACGGUAAAGGUUCUGAUUUUGCUCGUGCAUUAAGAGAGAUAGUUGACUGCUUUGAGAAGCUGAAGAAACAGGACCUGGUUAGUGAUAAUGUCACUGAGGAAACUGUUACCACAAAUGAAAACAACUCAGAUGAGUCCUUGACUAGACCUGUGAAUGAUGAAGCUGCCAUGACUACAGUUAAACAACUUUCUGGUGGAUCCACUAAUGAUUUGAACUCGCUAACUGAAGCUGCUGUAGCGGCAGCAGCUGAAGAUGCUCUGCAUGAUGAGGAGAUGCAACUGGAGGAGGCACAUUCAAAUUCCGGGUUUACUGAAAUACAUGUUUAUUCAACAAGAAGCAAAACUGAUGCUGCUCAAUCACGAAUUAUUGGUAAGCAGAGGAGGUUAUCUGCUAGAAAGUUGAGAAGUUCUUCAAGGGUGGAUGUGGGUGGACUGCAGGAGCAAACAUUGCCUCCUUCCAACAAUCAUAGGAGCUCCAGGCGGUUGGGUGCUAAGGCACAGGAUAGAUCUCUUAGAAGAAGUAGAAGGAUCAUUAAAUCAUCUGAUGAUUAUGAGGGGAACAAUGCCAACUCACCUCUUUUUCCGUCUAAUUGUAGUGUGGAAGAGAAUGACUCUGAGAUUAUGACAGCAGACUCUGAUUCUGAUAGUCUCAAUGGUCGCAGCUCUGUGGACUCGGGAUGCAAACCAGUAGAGGAGGACCCUUUCACUGAAAAGAACGAAGGAGCAACAGAGUUGAGUGACCGGCUUGACUUUCAAACAAAUGCUAAUAUUAUUAAGAAGAAAAGGAAGCCUAAUCGAAAAAGACAUAGAAGUGAUCUGGUGGCUAAAUCAGAUGAGGUUGGUUCCGAGACUGAAGCACUUAAGACUGACUGCCUUUCACCUAGUAAUAAUGAAAAUGUAGCUGAAAAAUGUCCUAAAGAAGAUGGGGAUGAGCAUCUACCCUUAAGCAAAAGGGCUAGAGUUCGUUUGGGUAAAUCAUCACCUGUUGGGGAUGAAGAUACCGAAUUAGCUCAUGAAGAAGAAAAAACUCAGAAAGUUCCUGAAACCUCUAUACAGUCUGAUGGGCUCUCGAAUAUUAAGGUGCAUGUUCCUCCUGGUACUGAAGCAAUAUCUGUCAAAGAAGAUUCAUAUAUUUCACCUUUAUCACUUGAUAGUCUUGAUAGAAAGCCUCAGUAUUGGGAAACUAGAAAGAAUCUUGUGGAUGGUGAGGCUGCUUUACCUCCAUCGAAGCGUCUAACUCGUGCUUUGGAGGCAAUGUCUGCUAAUGAAGCUGACCUCAGUCAGAGAACUUCUAGUUGUUCACCGAAGGUGGAUACUCCUAAUGAAGGCUGUUCUUCUGCAAAAUGCUUUGAGCUGUCCACAGAAGAAAAAGCUGUGGUCGAUUCGGGAUUAGGAUCAGUGGGGGAGCUCAGUACUAGAGUUCCUCUGUCAAGUGUUUCUGGGUCCUGUCCUGGGCUAAAGGAGGAUGUCCCUGAAAAACAUGGGGAAACCAUUGAAGUGGUGUUAGAUUCUUGUAAAACUUCUGGUGUUGGUAGCUCAAAUCCAGAAUCAUGCAAGGAUUCAUUUCGUCACACCGAAGGUGUUGAGAGCAAACACGCUGUUGAGAGCAAACACCUGCAGUUAUCUAGCUUGAUUGAGUUCUGUGAUUCUGUUCAUCAUUUAGAUCCAAAUCUGGAUUUAGCGAGCACUCCCAGCUUGUCUCAUUUAGACUGUAGCAGGCCAUGCUUGGAUUCAUCUCUUGAUAACUGCAAGAACGAAUCUCCAGAGUUUAAGGAGACGACUAAAACAACUGAUGCCAAGAUUUCCCUGAUGGACUCAAAUUCUCUCUUGGUGGAAGAGACUACUGGUGAUUCACUUGAUGUUGAGAAAUGUAAACUUAUAGACAGUUCAGAUUGUGGUGAUAAAUUACAAAAGAAAACAAUCCUUUCUCUAUCCAAGAACCAAGGGAGUCAGAGGUCUGGAUUUAUCAGAGAAGCAAGCCUAUCAUGUGCAGAUUCUAAUAUUGUACUAUCAGUUAGUCCCUUGAAAGUUCUGGAUAGCAGUCAUCUAGAAGUUGGAACUGUCUCAGUUGCUCAGUCUUCUUCACAUUUAUCUGAUCGAACAGGAUCUGUUACGAAAUCACCUCCUCCCAGUUCUUCCAUGUGCGGCAUUUCCUCAUCUGAUAGUUAUGUUGAAAAGAGAGGCUCUUGCAUUACUGCUCAAUUGCAUCCUGAAAAAGCUAAACUUGGGGUCAAGUCAAGCAAUAAGGUGGAACUUUUGUCAUCACUUGAAGCUGCCAUCCGAUCUUUGACAAGGACUAAGGAGAGCAUUGGUCGAGCAACGCGGGUUGCCAUUGACUGUGCAAAACUUGGUUUUGCAACUAAGGUGGUUGAAUUACUGGCCCAUAAUUUGGAAAGUGAAUCGAGUCCACACAAAAAGGUUGACUUGUUUUUCCUUGUUGACUCAAUCGCACAGUGCUCUGGUGGCAUGAAAGGUGAUGCUGGUGUAUAUCCCUCAGCAAUUCAGGCAGUCUUGUCACGUUUACUAUUGGCUGCUGCCCCUUCUGGUACUGGCUAUUGUGACAAUCAUAGGCAGUGCUUGAAAGUUUUGAGAGUUUGGCUAGAGAGGAAGAUUCUUCCUGAGACCUUAGUUCGCCACCAUAUUCGAGAACUUGAUGCUCUUUACCAUUCGCAUGUUAGUGGUGGCUCUCGGAGAUCUUGUAAAUUUGAAAGGCCUUUUGAUGAUCCCAUUAGGGAAAUGGAAGGGAUGUUGGUUGAUGAGUAUGGAAGUAACUCAAGCAUCCAGCUUCCUGGUUUUUGUAUGCCUCCUAUGUUGAGGGAUGAUGAUGGAGGCAGUGAUUCUGAUGGAGAGAACUUUGAGGCUGUCACUCCUGAGCAUAAUAUGGAAAAUGUACAUGUUGAUGCAGAACCAAAUGUGAGUGCUACAGCUGAGAAACGGAGCCAUAUCUUGGAAGAUGUUGAUGGUGAGCUUGAGAUGGAAGAUGUGGCUCCGUGCUGUGAUGCUGAAGUUGCUUCUACCGGUAGUAUUGCUGAUAGCCAUUAUGGAGCACCAUUUCUUGCUCAACAACACGAGGAUGCCCAUCUGAUAUCUGCACGUUUUCCGGGGUCUGCCCCGCCUCUGCCUCCACCUCCGCCUCAUUCUCCGCUUCCACCACCACCUCCACCUGCGCCUCUAGCUCAUCCACUACCUCGAUCGGGUUUUCCUCCUGCUGUGCUUGAUUCUGUUCCAAAAUUUUCUCAUUCAAAUUCUCAGGAACCCGUUAUGAGGCGGUCUCCUUCGCCAAGAACCAAGUCAAGAACCUUAGACAUGGUGCAUCAUCGGCAUUAUGACAACAGAGACUCUGAAGCCCAAUUGGCAAGACAUAUUCCUUAUGGCAGUAAUAAUCGUCCUUGCAAUGAUCAGCACAUUCCCCAUUUCUCUGGUAGAUCAUCAAAUGGCUUCCAGCCAGCAGAUGGGGCUUUCAGCAAGGGUUUUCAUCUGCCCCCACCACACCCUGCGCCUUCAGAUCAUUUCUCAUAUGUCCAAGAGCCACGCAGCCAAUCGCGAAGGGAUAUUCCACCCCCUUCUCAUCCCAAUAGAUUCACAUCACGUAGCACAGAAAAUGGAAAUUUUUACAGGGAUCGAGACAGAUAUAAGUCUGGUGAGCGGGAUAAUAUUGGAGAGCGCUGGAGGCCACGUAUGCCGCCUGUCUCUGGUCCAUACCAUUGUGAUGGUUCCAGAAUGGCUCAUGCACCAAUGCCAUACUCUGGCCCAGUCCGUGAUUCUGAAUUUUCUAAUAAUAGGUGGAAUUACCCUCCACGUUCCAUGAAUCACAGACAAAUGAAUCCUUAUGGGCCACCAUCUGAAGGUCCUAUUCCAGUGGCAAAUAAAGGCCCUAACUUUUGGAAGCCAGGAUAACUUUUUUGGAUCAGCUCCAGCAAACUGCUCGGUAUUUCAACAGAGAUAACUCUUCUGGAACUGUCUGAGGGUUACUGAUUUGUGGCCACAAAGAAGAGAGGCUGUGCUCCUCCGGUGGUUGUACAUACAUAUGUUGUCAAUCUGUUUGUCGCUGCCUUAUGAACAGAGAAUGAGAGGUUGUUUGGUAAGUGGGAGAUGUAGUAUCUCAUCCCCGGGCCGCUAAAUUAUGAUUACGUUUGUUGAAUUAUAAGCUUUUGGAGCAACAAUAUAGGAUCUGAUCUGCCUUCAACAUCUGAUAAUGAUAUGUAUCUUCUGUCCUAUUCUCUUUCAUUCUAAAUAGGUGGCUGUCGUUGUAUAAUUAUCACGGUUACCAUGUACAUUGUGAGUUGUUCGACUUCCUCAGCCGAUUAUAAUUAAUCUAGCUCAAGGUUACAUGUCUUUAA